AAAAGUUCUGCCACUUUCUGGGCUCUAAACAUUACAAGCGAGGGUUUUGAAGUUAUUGAGUAUGUAGGCCUUGGACUCGCGUGAGUACAGCUUAGGGGACCAGAAGCUGGCUAUCUGGAAGCUACCCUUUCAGAGACCAUCCCCCCUCAUGACAACUUCUGCUGCACUUGGUUCCGCCAAGACCCACGACGGUUCCGCCCCCUUCUUCCUUGUCAUUGAUGUUGUUGUUCUUGUCAGUGCCGCAGCCCCGACCGCCGGGAGCUCGAACCCAAGCGGGGGCCGCCCGGGUGGCGCGGUGGCGGCGGCAGCGGCUGCGGCUGCAGCAGCUGCGACGGCUGCGGGGGCUGCUCCGGGGACUGCGGGGGCGGCCGGGGGCUGGCAGCCGGCGGCGGGGCCGGAUGGCUCUGUGCGGGCAGGCGGCAGGCGCCGCGUCGCUGCCCAGCGAGCUGAUCGUGCACAUCUUCUCCUUCCUGCCCGCGCCGGACCGGCUGCGGGCCUCAGCUUCCUGCUCGCACUGGCGGGAGUGCCUCUUCUACCCUGCUCUCUGGCCCCAGCUCCGCAUCUGUCUCCGCGUCUCCCCUACUGAGCAGCCUCGGCUCGAAUUCCUCAUGCGUAAGUGCGGCUGGUUCGUGCGAGAGCUGCGUGUUGAGUUCGCGGCUGAGAAUUACCUGAGCGGUGGCGGCGGCCCGGGCGACGGAGGCGGCGCGGACCCCGGGACUGGCGGGGAAGAAGUCGAGGCCCUGCAGCUCUCAGCCCGUUGGCUGGAAGUGCUGCGCACCUACUUAGAGCUGGUGUUGUGUGUGCUGGUCAGCAUCCGGAACAACAGGAACCUCCAGAAGUUUAGCCUUUUUGGAGACAUAAGUGUUCUACAACAGCAAGGAAGUUUGUCAAAUACAUACCUCAGCAAGGUGGAUCCUGAUGGCAAAAAAAUAAACAGUAAAAUUCAGCAGCUUUUUGAAGAAAUACUGAGUAAUAGUAGGCAACUGAAAUGGCUGUCCUGUGGGUUUAUGCUGGAACUAGUAACCCCAACAUCACUGUCAUCUCUCUCAAACUCUAUUGCCAACACCAUGGAGCACCUGAGCUUGCUAGACAACAAUAUUCCUGGUAACAGCACCCUUAUCACCACAGUCGAACUGGAGCGAUUCGUGAAUCUGCGCUCACUUGCCCUGGAUUUCUGUGACUUUACAGCUGAGAUGGCAAGUCUAACUGAUAGCAACCAUGUGCCUUUGCAGCGACUAUCUCUCCUGGUCCACAAUGUUUCCGUGAUGCACAAGUCUCUGGACAACAUGCCAAAUGAUGAGCAUUGGAAAGCCUUGUCACGAAAAAGCACCAGCCUUCGGGUCUACAUAAUGGCCUUUGAUAUCAAGAGUGAAGAUAUGCUAAAGAUUCUGAAACCCAGUAUACCACUAGAGAGGAUUCAUUUUGACAGCUACAUCACUUGUGUUUCAGGAGCUAUUGUUGAUCUUAUAUCCAGGCAGUAUGAUAAGUUCCUCACUCAUUUUAUACUAAUGAAUGAUGUGAUUGACACGUCUGGUUUUCCAGAUCUUAGUGACAACCGAAAUGAAGAUCCAUUGGUUUUAUUAGCAUGGAGGUGCACAAAGCUUCCUCUUCUGGCAAUUCACGGUUACACAGUGUGGGCGCACAACCUCAUUGCCAUUGCUCGUCUUCGUGGCUCUGACCUAAAAGUACUUGAAGUCACUGAAGAAAGCAUUGAUUUUGACCAAGGUGAACUGGCCGACCAGGAUGUGGAUCCAGUGCAUAACCUUAUUGAGCAGGUAUCCCUGGGCCUGGGUCAACCUUGGCAUGCGGUCAUGGACAUCGCACUCAGUGUCUUCACUGAACCGAAUCGUCAUUUUUACAGAGAGAUACAAAGCUUCAGUGAAGACAUUUAGUUUUUUUUUUAAAUGUACAAUUCCUGUGGUUACAUAUGCAAGUAGGGUCCUAUUAUGUUUUUUUUCAGUAGUGUGAAUUAAUCCCUUUGUGCUGUGUUUAAUCAGUAUUAGCUUUAUAGAAUUAUAUACAUAUAUUCUACUUCUUGAUCAAAGAACGUAGUCGGGUAUUGGUUUAGAAGUUCAAAGUGACAAUGUGUAGGGCUUUCACGGUUAAUGGACUUGUUAUCAAACCUUAAGGAUAUACAACCGAAGGUUGUCUGAGGUUGCUGGCUAACUUUAUUUUCACUGAGUUACUCUGCCUUUUGAUGUUUUUAUUCUUUGUGUGUCAGAGUUCAGAGCUCAGGAGCCAAAAUAUUUUUAUACAUAAAAAGAUAUAUAUCCAUAGCCUGGUGGAUUUGUAUGCAAUGCACUGCAUUCAUGCUUGAUAGCAUUUCAUUAAUUUUUUUUUGAAAUGGAAGAAGGGAGGAUAGUAUGAUCCCAAAUGAGUGAUCUUUAACAGAGAAGCCAAGACUUUUAUUACAUACAUAUAUAAUAGUUGAUAUCACCAAUUACCAUUCUGAAUUUUGUGUAUUAGGUUAGAAUACUGCUUAAUCCUUUUUUUAAAAAAUGCAUUUACAUAAACAUGAAUACUCAAACUGUUAGACUUUUUUUUAAGCUGUAUGUGACAUAAUUUUAUUCAUCAAUUACAUUAUACAUUCAAGUUAGCUUUUUAGCCCAGAUUUCAAAUAGUGGAGGAAGAAACUGUAUUCCAGGGUAAAACCUCCUUAAAAGAAAAUCAAAAAACAGAGCCGUAAACACACAUGCUUGCAAACAAACAUUAGUCGUGAAAUCCCUAGCAACGAGUCACUGGAUUUUUCUCUGUCAGCGCGCGUGUCAGCUGCCAAAGAAUAGACUUAACUGAAGAAGUGCCCACAUGCUGGCAGGGGCUGGCCCACUCUGGCCAGCCAGAUACUGCUAGAUUGUAAUAUUUAAGGUCGAAUUUCGACCUGUGGUACACAGCUGUGCUGUGGCUCAGUCAGCAACCUCAGAACUCUGAAAAAACAAAACAAAAAAAAAGAAAAAAAAACCAUGCACCUGUUUCACUGUGAAUAGUGAAUGUAAAGGAAAGAAAGGAAGAACUGAAAGCUUGUUCUAUCACAGGUAUGAGCUGCUAUGAUACAUGAAGAACAUUCCAUGAAGUAUGUUUUAAAACCUUGUUAUAUCUGAGAGGCUUUAAAAGCCGACUUAACUGUUUCAGGGCAACCGCGGUACAGACGUGGUCUCUGUGAGACUUCCACCUGACCCCAGUUUUAAGUGGUACGAAUGUUGUGCAUUUAAUGUUAAAGGACAGUCUGCAAUAAUAAAGUAAGUAGCCAACGUGGGUGCCCAGCAGUGCUGAGACCUGGCUGCUCUAUUGUAAGCUUUGGAAACACAAUUUAUGCAACAGAUGUCCAGAUAUGAUUCUAUUUAUGGAAAAAGUUUAUAUGUAUUUUACAAAUGGUUUUACCAUCUUAUAUUAAAAUGACCUUUUGACAGGUGUGCACUGUUUUGUCUCCAGUGAGCACAUACCAUGAGGAUUUUAUAUGUACAUCAGUAGUGUGAAUCCACUGGCACAGUGUGUGUAAAUGCCAGAUGUGGUGAGAUUUUAUCUUACAAAUGUGAUCAGAUAAAAUAAAUCCUGACAGAAACUGUAAGGAAACCAGCUGAAUGUUUGACCUGAUGACUGAUGUUGUAUGGUUUAUGUUAAAUGUAUAUUCUUUUAAUCAAUGAAUAAAGCAUUAAAAAGUGA